GUGUGGACACUGCCAGCGGCUGCAGCCCACUUGGAAUGACCUGGGAGACAAGUACAACAGCAUGGAGGACGCCAAGGUCUACGUGGCUAAAGUAGACUGCACAGCCGAGUCAGAUGUGUGCUCCGCCCAGGGGGUCCGAGGAUACCCCACCUUGAAGUUUUUCAAGCCUGGCCAAGAAGCUGUGAAGUACCAGGGUCCUCGGGAUUUCCAGACACUGGAAAACUGGAUGCUGCAGACGCUGAAUGAGGAGCCUGCGACACCAGAGCCAGAAGUCGAACCGCCCAGAGCUCCUGAGCGCAAGCAGGGACUAUAUGAGCUCUCAGCAAGCAACUUUGAGCUGCACGUCGCACAAGGCGACCACUUUAUCAAGUUCUUCGCUCCAUGGUGUGGUCACUGCAAAGCUCUGGCUCCAACCUGGGAGCAGCUGGCUCUAGGCCUUGAACAUUCUGAAACUGUCAAGAUUGGCAAGGUCGACUGUACGCAGCACUAUGAACUCUGUUCAGGAAACCAGGUUCGUGGCUAUCCCACUCUUCUGUGGUUCCGAGAUGGUCAAAAGAUUGACCAGUACAAAGGCAAGCGGGAUUUGGAGUCCCUGAGAGAGUAUGUGGAAUCACAGCUGCAGAGCACGGAGCAGGGGGCCCCGGAGGCCGUCGAGCCGUCAGAGGCCCCAGUGCCAGCCACUGAGCCCGCGGCCAAGGGCACCCUGUUGGCACUCACGGAAAAUAACUUCGAUGACACGAUCGCAGAAGGAAUAACCUUCAUCAAGUUUUAUGCUCCAUGGUGUGGUCAUUGUAAGAAUCUGGCUCCUACUUGGGAAGAACUCUCUAGAAAGGAAUUCCCUGGUUUGGCAGAGGUCAAGAUUGCGGAGGUGGACUGUACUGCGGAACGGAAUAUUUGCAGCAAGUACUCGGUACGAGGCUAUCCCACAUUGCUGCUUUUCCGCGGAGGGAAAAAAGUCAGUGAGCACAGUGGAAGCAGAGACCUUGACUCACUGCACCACUUCGUCCUGCGCCAGGCAAGGGAUGAGCUGUAAAACCCAGUCCCAAGUCGCCCGGCCACCCGUGCCCAGGGUGUGGGAGCUGAAUUGUGCAGGUGUGGAGUUUCACAUGGUGGUUUUUCAGAGAGCUGAAUGUACUAAACUUGUGGUAUCUUCUUUGUGUGUGUGAUUUUUAAGGCAACACACUCUACAAAUUAUUAAGUUUCUCUAAGUAAACACGUAACUCAUGAUCCCUUCGCAAACAAUAUUUUCAGUGGCGAUCUGUCAUCCCCUUUACCUUUCUCUUGAUGAAUCUAAAUGGUUUCCUUUGAGACUAAAGUAGAGUUGAGAAAAAUCAAAUUGCUCAACUACUUUUGGCUCCUGAUUCUGGUGAAAGUAUCAUCUAAAGCAUCGUUUGUGAACUGCCCACAAGUUCUGGAAAGGUGGCAGUAUUGAUAUUCUGCUGAUCUUAAGGUCAUAACGGACUUGUUAGUAAGGUGGUUGGUCAGUAACUUGGAGCAGAUCUAAACAGAAACCCCACACCUCUGGAAGAUACCUUCACGUCCACCCCUGGCUUUGCUGUUUCUGUUAAUACUACUCUCAUCGCGAGAGGUCAGCCAUAAUGAAAGCAAUGGUACUUCUGACGUGUGCCUGAGUAAGACAAUGCUGGUGCCAUAAUCUGUGUGUGUGUGUGUGUGUGUGUGUGUGUGUGUAUGCUUCUGUUUGUUACAGGUGAAAGAUUUAUUAGUUAGGUUCUCAUGCAGCCAAGAGUCCAUGUGAACUUUAAGAUUUGACGUCUCCCACAGAAAAUGUGGCACGGAAAGUUUCACAAGACUUGUCCUGACUCUUCUGUUAACUCAUAGAAAGAUUCUGGUUGUAUUUGCCACCAGGGGGGCAAAAGGACUUAGGCGAGCUUUCCCAGCCCUGGGUCUCCUGACCAGGGUGGCCCUCCUGCUCAGCAACAGGGCCCGAGCUGGAGGCAGCCUCACGUUCUGCUUCUGAGUAGUCAUUUUAGAGGCUAACUGUACUUUGCCUUGGAAGAGGUCUACUCUCUGCUGUAUGAGGAGCGGGAUUAAGUUGGCCUCC